CAGGGCAGCAUAGCGCCUCGUUCAGCCGGGCCCCCUCUGCGCAUGCGUGCAUGGUGUCUCCUCUCAGCGUCUCCUGCUAGCUGAGUUUACUGAGUUUAGUUCCGCAGACUGAACCAGAAACAGCAAACAUGUCAACAAGUGACUUCUAUUUGAGAUAUUAUGUCGGGCACAAGGGGAAGUUUGGACACGAGUUCCUGGAGUUUGAGUUCAGACCAGACGGUAAACUGAGGUAUGCAAACAACAGCAACUACAAGAACGACGUCAUGAUCAGGAAAGAGGCAUAUGUACACAAAAGUGUGAUGGAGGAGCUGAAGAGGAUCAUCGAUGACAGUGAGAUCACCAAGGAAGAUGACGCUCUGUGGCCGCCUCCUGACAGAGUUGGCAGACAGGAACUGGAGAUCGUCAUUGGAGAUGAGCACAUUUCAUUCACAACUUCCAAAAUUGGCUCCUUGAUUGACGUCAACCAGUCAAAGGACCCUGAAGGUCUUCGUGUGUUCUACUACCUGGUGCAGGAUCUGAAAUGUCUCGUCUUCAGUCUCAUCGGCCUACACUUCAAGAUCAAGCCCAUCUAAAUGUGGAUUCCGCUCGUUUUAAUUUCUUUAGCUAAUGUUUCUUUCUGUUAUUGUACUACCGCAUUUGUACAUUUGCUUUUGGUGGAACUUUUUUAUUUUAAAUAAAGGGUGAGAAAAAUAUCCAGUUUCUCUGA